AACAACAAUUCUUAAUUCACAUAAGUAAGUUUAUUUGUUGUCCGUAGAAAUUCCGGUGUAUGUUACAGGUGUUGCAAUGUAUUUAGCAUUUAGGAAACAGGUAUGUGAAUUCCUUCCUUAGAGAAUUUUGUGGAAAUAGUUGUGCUGAAUUGUGUAGAAUACAUGAGUUGGUUAGUUGUUUAGCUGAAAUAUGUAAGACAACUAAUAGUGUUUACAACCUCGGUUAUUGUAUUGGGAAUAGAGCGAACAAUAUAAUAUUUGUAAUGUAAAAGAUCCGGUCAAUUGCGUAUUGAUGAUGCUCGGUAUUAAAUGACAAGCCAGCCCCUAAACAAAUCGUGUGAGCUUGGUGUGUGAUUUGUGAUAGAUAACUAGUUUGUAAUCCAUGAGAGGGAUAAUAUUGCUUUCCAAUUAGGGAGGUUUUUUGAAUAGGAUGUACCGAGAGAUUUAGAAACUGUUGAAUAUACUGUUAUACUGUAGCUGAUUUCUACUUCAGUCUCGAGAGGAGAGUUAUUGCUAAUGGUUUUCAAAAUUACUGAACGAGCUAUGACACAUUGUGGUGUAAACGUGAAAGAGAUGGGUAUCCGAGGGUUGUGGACGUAUAUAGAAAUCAGCGGUGGAAACUUAUCCGUGUAUGAAUUGCAUAACCAGCCUUUAGUUAUUGAUGCUGAGAACUUUGCUGCUGUCUGCUAUCGUGAAGCUGCUUUGCGAUGUGAAUUUGGUGGAGAGUAUUUGGCAUUUAAGAGUUAUGUGCAGUCAUUGUUAAAAGAGUAUAGUAUCUGUGGUGUGGAGCCAAUUUUCGUUUUCGGUGGAUGUCAUCCGAAAGAGGGAACGAAAUUGGAUACUUUGAUGAAGCGGAACAAGGAGUACUUUAAACAACUCGCAUCAGCUCUUCUGAUUGCUAAGUCAACUUGCAGCACAGAGUUGAACAUUGAUAUAGCUCCACGACUUAACAGAAAUGUUCUGGUUGAAAUUCUGCGUGAAUCUUCAAUUCGAUACAUAGCAUGUGAACGUGAAGCUGAUAUCAGUACAGCAGAACUUGCUGUUCAUCUUCAAUGUCCUGUUACUAGUGGAGAUUCUGAUUUUUUUAUUUAUCGACCAAACGAUAAUAAUCAAGUGUAUAAUUUUAUUCCAUUUUCAACUAUUUCACGUUAUUCUAAGAGAUCCGUCCCUUGUUCUAUUUGUAAACGGAGUGGUGCUUCAUGUUAUUUCAUGUUGUGUUCAAUUCUUAAUAAUUCAGGACCGUUUUCUAAACUCAAGUAUCCUAUGUUACCACUUUUUGCCAUUCUCGUUGGUAAUGACAUGAUAUCAAAUAUUCGCCUUCCAACUAUCAUCGAUUCACUAAUCCAUACUUCUAAACUACAGAGGAAGUCCUACUAUCAAAGACGUAUCGAUGCUAUAUUUAACUGGCUGUUAAGUUUCCGUGACAUAGAAGAACCAUUGUCAUUGGUGUUGUCACUUUACAGUGAAAACGAAAGGGAUGGUAUUGGAAAGACAAUUCGUUUAGGGAUUUCGGAUUAUGUUCUAAGUAGUUCAGGAGAAAACCUGGCUCGUGAAUUAGGUUUUUCAACUGAACACAAUAUCUCAUCAAGUGUUUCGUUGUCAAGCAAGAUGGGAAAUUUGAGCAUUCAGGAUCCCACAACUUGUCGGGGUUCUUACUGUGAAGAUGCUUCCAAAUUUUCUAAACCUAUAUUGGAGAGAAAUGAUGAUGAAGACAGUAUAUUUCACCGUUGGCCGAAAGAAUUGAUUAGGCGAUUUAGAUUUCUGGACUUAAUCCCAUCCCUAUUUGACCACAUGUAUGUACGAAAUGGCGCUUUUUCUCGUUUACUAAUGGAGGACAUAAAGAUUCCUAGUUCGCUUGAUGAAUGUAUGUCGAAGAUGAGAAGUGCUAUAAAUGGACUUAUAUAUGGACUUGAAAACCACUUGGGCACCAGUGGAAAGUUAUGUGGAAUGGAGAAUGAGUGUGUCACUGAGUAUAGAAGAAACGUGGAUGGUGAUUUUACGAAGACUUUAAUGUCGAUGAAGCCUCUGAAACCCCCUAGUGCUAAAACGCCUGAAUUGUCGUUCUUAUCUUUUUUCUCGAAAUUGUUCAAUGUGAAUUUGGAGAAAGAUUUUAAGCCUCUUGAAAUACAAGGUUUGGCUAUUUUAUUAAUUCUAUGGUUCAGAUGUUCAUCUCAUGCUCAAAACGAAGCUAAAAACAUUAAGACAUCGCCAGUUGCACUUGCGUUGUCAUGUUGUACAAUCGCAAUGAAUUCAAAUCGUGAAUUUCUCGGUAGAAAUCGUGAUGUUGAUGGAGAUUUCGCUAACUCCAUUCGCACACAUCUCGAUAAGUGUGCUGAUGUGGCCAAAUCAAAUUGUUGUCAAGAUGUAAAUAAACGUUCCUUUUGUAUUGAGCAAGUUCACCAACUUAAUGAAUCGCAAAGUAUGGCCACUGGUUUAAAGCAUUUAGUUGCAAUGAUUGAGGUGCUUUGUCCGUUUUAUAUGUCAAAUAGUAAUAAGUUUGAUAGUUGUUCACAUUUUAGAAAUCCUUUCAUAAGCUUUUAUCCAUUUUGGAUGUUAUUUGCCAGUGGACGUCUUUUAUAUUGGAUUAGUCGACUUCUACAAAAUAUUGAUCCAUCUGAACGUUUCCAUAAAGUUAUGAAUGAGUGGCUUCCAAAAUUGCUUAUAAGGACCAAUACUGGACGUGAACAAGAAGAUUGCGCCUCAAAAGAUCUUACCAAACUUUUCAACCUAAUUGAUAAGUUGAACUCUUGAGAUCUACUUACUCAUGGUUCGGUUUCUAUUAUUAUCAACGCUAGUAUUCGUUUUAUUAUUUCUGAUAAACUGUCAUUUCUAAUUUAUAUAAACAUACACACGCAACACUUGGAUGGUUUGUUGUCGAAACUUUUAACUCUCAUGUCAUACUUGCACAUCGAUUUUCCUAAUAACUAGAAUCAUUCAAAUAUUUUAAAUAUACAUUUCAUCAAUUCAUGCUACGCCUUUAUUUUUGUAAAAGUAGUAAAGAUGUCAAGAACGAAAAAAGUCAGUUCCCAGAAAGAC